AUGCACGGGCUACGAGUGGACGAACAAAAGCUUCGCGACAUUCUAUCACAGUAUGGAGAAAUAAUCUCGCUGCGAGUGCGGAAGGGGAUCAAAGCUUUCGGAGGUUCCAUCUGCUAUUGUCAGUAUAAGACCCCAGAAGCGGUGGACGAAGCUGUAAAACACGAUAGGAUCCCCCUGGACGGGCGACCGAUGUUUUUAUCACGGUACUCAGCCAAGAAGUCCAAACCCACGUUCAAAUACUCAACGGAGGAGGAAAAGAACAAAUUGUUUGUGAAGAACUUACCGUUCGCGCAUUGCACUAAGGACGCGCUUGCCGAGGUCUUUGAUAAGUAUGGCAAGCUCAAGGAUGUAAGGGUAGUGACGCACAAAGACGGCAAGCCAAAAGGUCUAGCAUACAUUGAGUACGAGGACGAGGCAGCGGCCGCGGAAGCUGUGUCCAAGGUCCACGGUAUGAUGCUGGGAGACAGGAAGCUGGAUGUGGCCUUCAGCGCGCCACCACCACGGCAGUCCGGCUCCGGGGCCAGCGACGCGCCGGCACUGGGACAAGCGAAGCGGGAUGCUGGAGGUGGCAUGCGACGAACGCAGCUCAGCAGUUUCAUCCCGAGCGUGCUACAGAAAGCCGUAGCCAGUACAUCCGCAGCAGCGCAACCUUCCACCAGCAGUGCCAGCUCAAACGGUAACCAUAGCAACGGGGACGAGAAACGACCACUCAGCAACAGCGACUUCAGAAGCAUGCUACUCAAAAAGCAAUAAAAUUACAAGUUAGUCUUUGUAAAUAAUGUCGAAAGUCGCGUGUAUCGAUAUAUAGUGUACCGAGUUUACGGAACUCUACCUUUGAUCGGAAGUUUCAUACAAUAUUCGGCCUUUUGUUUCGUAUUUAAGAUUACUUAAAUAACAGAGUUGAUUUCUUUAUCUUAUUACCCCAUAAAUGCUUAUCUCAUUGUUAUACACAGUUUCUCUGUCACUCCCUUAGUUUUUUUUAUAAGCAAGAAAGAGACGGGUAUACAAUAAGUCGAGUUUAGUAUCUCUAUUGACUCUCAACCAAAAUGUAAUCUUUACAUUGGGUAUAGAACUUUAUUGCAAAACUGUAGAGUUGAAAUUAUAUUUGACGGAUUAAGGUUGCUUGAUGCGCCUUGAAGGUGUAUGCUAUUUGACUGAAUACCCCAGUGUUUGGCCAGUACGUUAAUUAAAAGACUAGGGUAUAUUUACCUUACUUCAGUACAUAAUAGUAUGUUUAAUAUAUAAAUUUUAUAUGUAUAAUAUAUGAGUGAAUUAUUCAAAUAUGGUUGGUCGUAUUCGUUUUCUAAAAAUUAAUUGUCUAUAUAUUUACUAUGAUAAUC